AGCAGCAGCGACCAGAGGAGCCCCUGCAGCAACGCAACGGCCAGGUGGACGCCUCCAUCUACAGCCUCAUGGCGGACGGGACCUGUUAGGACAUGGCCAUUGUGGGCAACAAGGACCCACCUUCCACCUGGGCCGCCGUCCCAGGGAAAGCCUUCGUCAACAUCACGCCAGCUGAGGUUGGUGUCCUGGUUGGCAAAGACUGGUCAAGCUUUUUCGUGAAUGGGCUGACACUGGGGGGCCAGAAAUGUACUGUGGUCCCGGACUCACUGCUGCAGGAUGGGGAAUUGACCAUGGAUCUUCAUACGAAGUGCAUUGGUGGAGCACCCACCUUCAAUGUCAUUGUCAUCAUGACUGCCAAGACGCUAGGCCUGCUGAUGGGCAAAGAAGGUGUCCACGGCAGUUUCAUCAACAAGCAAUGUUAUGAAAUGGCCUCCCACCUUCAGCGUUCCCAGUACUGACCUCCUUUGUUCCUUCCCCUCCACCGCUCCCCACAGCUUUGCCCCCCUUUCCUUCACAUACACCCACCAUUUUAAUUUCCGGGGCCAUUACCCCACACACUUUAUUGCUGCCAAAACCACAUGGGCUGGGGGCCAGGGAUAGAUGGACAGACACCUUCCCCUACCCAUACCCCUCCUGUGUGUGGUUGGAAAACUUUUUUGUUUUGAGGGAUUUUUUAUGAAUAAAAAAGAUUCUACUAAAAAAAUUAAAUAACUGUACAUAUGUGGGCAAUUUGUUUGAAUCUGUAUUCUUUUACUUUGAUAUAUUUACUAAUACACCAUUACUACCGUUUUUAAAUUACUGUAGCUUUAAAAUCAGGUUUGAAAUCUAGCAGAGUAAGUCCUCCAACUUAUUGCUUCUUCAAGACUGACUUGCUUAUUCUAGGUUCUUUGAUUUUCAAAUACAUUUUGAAAUUAGCUUUUAAAUUUCUCUAAAAUCUCCUACUAGAAAUAUUAAUCAGAAUUGUGUUGAUGUAAUAUGCUAACAAAAUUGAGACUUUCAAUCAAUGAACACGAUAUAUAUUUGUUUAGUCUUAAUUUUUCUCACCAAUUGCUUUUAGGGGCCUUGUACCUGCUUCAUUGCAUGUAUUCAUAAGCAUGUAAUGAUUCUGGCUAUUAAUCUCUAUUAUGUUUUAUUGAUUUCAUUUUCUAGCUGCUAACUGCUAGUAUGGAGAAAUUAAGAUGAUGAAAUCAACUUUAUAAAGGUAUAAUUUAGGUACAACAGACUGCACCACUUUAAAAUGUGUAAUUCAAUGCAUGUUUACAAAUGUAUACACUAAUUGAACCACUGCCACAACCAAGAUAAAGGAAUUUCCCUGUGCCCCAAAGUUUCUUGUACCCCUUUGCAGUUCAUCAGUCUUUCAACCCUCAGCCCCAAGGAGCCACUGUCACUUCAGGUCCGUUUGCAUUUUUAACCAUUUUCUAUAAAUGAAAUGAUGCCUGUGUUCUUUUGUGUCUGCCUUCUUUCAUGCAUCAACGUAACUUUAAAAUCCAACCAUAUGAGUAGUUGCAUCAACAGUUAAUGCCUUGUAAAUGCUGAGUAGUAUUCCUUCAUGUGCCUAUAUCAUGUAUGUUUGUACUUUCACUUGUUAUUGGACGUUUCUAUCAUUCCAUGUUUGGGUUAUUAUGAAGAAACUAUCAUGAGCAUCCAUACGUGGCAGGUCAGGUCUCACUAACCCAGGCCUCCCUAACAACUGUUUCAGUACCGACUGAGUGGUUCAGUUAAAUAUUAAGAGGGGAAAAAAAAAAAAAAAAAAAAAGCCAGUGCCCUUAUACCAAGGCUGGAAUGUAACAAAAGCCCACCAAGAGUUUUGCCUAGGCUUUUCCUGGGCCUUAAAGCAUGACGAAAUAACGAAGGCAUUCUUAACAGAAGUCAUUUAGUAUUAAAUAAGUUUUAUUGGGGGUCUGAAGAAACUCCCCAGGCCUCC